AUGCCGCUAGCCGGCGGGGGGCCUUCUGCCAACUCGCUAGAAAACCUGACUGGCCAACGCAGACCACCCUCGGCGUCUUCGUCCCCGAACCCCAAGGGGGAUCGGGAGGCCCAGCAAAGCAAGAAAAGAGCCAAACAAACAGUUCAAGGUGUGCAGACUGAGAGUGACUCGGAUGUCAUACUGGAGGAUGCGACGGUAACGGAAGAUCAGCGCACACGGUCAGGUACCCCGCCACCGUCAGUCUGGACCGCGAGUACAGGAGCAGCUCGUCGACUAUUCAGCGACCUCCUAAAGACUGACGAGUGGUACGUAGCAGACUCCGAUUCGGAGGACGUCGCAGAAGCUAUGCGACAAGAUGGUAUGGACGCAGGCGAGGAAGCCGAUGAUGAUCCCCUGUGCCCUAAUAUCCCGUUCACAGCUGCUGAAGAGCGUGAAUAUUGCAGGAAGCUCCGUUAG